AUGGCCAACAACGCCGCCAACGCCGCCACGCCACAGGCCGUCAUAGGCCAUGUGCAAAAGCUAGGCGAUGCUGACCCCGACUUUCGCUUCAUGUCCCUCAACGACUUGCUGCAGCUGCUUACGACUGCCCGAGAUGACUUCCUCCAGCACGACUAUAACAUCGCCGCAAGAACCGUCGAUGGCAUCAUCAAGACAUUGGACGAUCAGAACGGAGAGGUGCAGAACCUAGCCAUCAAGUGCCUUGGGCCGCUUGUUGGCAAAGUCCCGACCCCCAUCAUUGCCCCGAUGAUCGACAAGCUGUCGUCACUGAAGCUCAAGAACUCCGUCGACACCGCUGUGCCUGCUCUGGCGCUUCGAGCCGUCAUCACCGCACUUCCUCGACCGAUCCCAGGCAUUCCGAGUACCCCUGGUGUUCAGGAGGCAUACAACGCCGUCAGCCGUGUGCUGAUUCCACGGCUUAUUGGUCCUGGACCCCUAACACGAGUUCCAUCGGCAGCCCGAAUCAAUCUCCCUACGGUACCAACAGGGCUGCUGCAGGAUGAUAAUGGCGUGAACGCUGAGGCAGUCGAUGUCCUAGUAGAAGUUGUCCGAUGUUUCGGCCCUUUACUGCAGCAGGUUGAAGUUGAGGCAAUGCAAGAGGUUGUCUUGCAGUUAUUGCAAGGCGAUAAGGCUACAUCUGUGGUAAAGAAGAGGGCCGUUGUCGCUAUAUCUAUGCUCGCUGUCUAUUUAUCCGAUGCACACCUGGAAGAUGUCAUUAAUCGCAUCACUGCUGGCCUGUCCGAGUCCAGCAUCCCCCCCGUCACACGUCGCCUCUACAUUUCUAUAAUGGGCAGCAUGGCCCGCUCAAUCCCUCCUAGAUUCGGCGUACAUCUUCAAAAGACAAUGUCUUUCAUUCUAGAUGCCCUGUCCGAGUCAGAACUCGAAGAGCACCUAGAAAAGAUUAGCGAUGGCGAUGACUUGGGCCCAGAGUUCAACGAGAUCCGCGAGACUGCCCUCGUCGCACUUGAGGCAUUCCUGGCUUCGUGCCCACAGGAGAUGCGGCCCUUUACGGAUGCUUCCCUCGCUGCUUGCUUGCGAUAUCUGAAAUAUGACCCCAAUUAUGCCGUCGAUGACGACGAGGAGAUGGAUGUCGAUGAGGAAGAAGAGGAAGACCAGGACGAUGAAUUCGAAGACGACGACGGAUUCGAGGAUGACGACGACGAUGCCAGCUGGAAGGUUCGCCGCUGCGCUGCAAAGGCGAUAUACACCCUCAUCUCCACCCGCGGCAGUGGUGAUCUUCUGGAUAACGGCGUAUUAUACAACCAGGCGGCCCCUAACCUUGUGAAGCGUAUCGAGGAAAGAGAAGAAAACGUUCGUCUCGAAAUCAUCUCUGCCCUGUCUUUGCUCAUUCGCAAGACUGGCGAAGGCCUUCACACGGUGGAUCUAACCCGUGAUGAGUAUGAGCCUGAAAUUGUCUCCCAGAUGCCUCUCAGUCGAAAGAGGAGAAGACAGAGUAGCGCCGGGGGAUCAAGCGCUGCCAAAUUCAUGGCUGGCACCGGCAUCACAUCACUUGCUGCUGAGAAAAUCCCCUCCCAGGGUCCACGAGCGGACCUCUCCAAGAUUACGCCCACGAUUGUUAAAGCUGCGACGAAGCAAUUGAGAGGAAAGACGGUCCCAACGAAGCAAGCCAUCAUUAGCAUGCUGGACGACUUAGUGUCUGUUCAGCACGGUGGCCUCGUUGAGUUCUUCCCGGAAAUUAUCGGUCCCAUCAUCGAAGCAGUCAAGACGACUGGCACGAGUUCAAUCUCGUCUUCUCUUGCGGCAGCGGGAGGUUCUGCUUCGGCUACCCCAAGCACCUUGCGCGUCGCUUCAUUGAAGCUUAUCAGCGAUAUUGCCAAGACACAUUCAUCCUCUGUAUUGCAGCCAUAUCUUAGCAAGGUUGUUGCUGGAGUGGCGUCUGCCGUUCAUGACCGCUUCUACAAAAUCUCAAGCGAGGCCAUUCGCACCUCGGAAGAGCUGGUUAAGGCAAUUACUCCCCCUCGAUCACGAAACGGUGGUUCGAAGUUCAAGGAUGACCUGGAUAAGCUCUACGAAGUCAUCGUCGACCGUGGCUCUGCCAAUGAUGCUGACGCAGAGGUUCGACAGCGUGCUAUCCAUGCUCUAGGAAUUCUUAUUUCCAGGACAUCUGGCUCAGAGGCAUCCGGCCUUCUAUCGGCCGAAAAGCGCACAUUCGCCUUGAAUAUUAUUCAAGAGCGGCUGAGAAAUGAGACAACUCGUCUGGCUGCGGUACGCGCUGUUGACAACGUUGCUGCAUUUGCGGUAUCGCCUGACCAACUGGAGCAAGCGUGGGUCCAAGAUGUCGCUCUUGAGCUCUCAGCUCAGCUGCGAAAGGCAAACCGGUCUCUGCGAGGCUCCAGCAUUCAGGCCCUCAAGCAUCUUGUUCUCUCAAAAGCUACUCAGGGCAAGCUAGAACCAGCUACUAUCCAGGGAAUAGUGUCGGCGUUGCUACCCACCAUCAAGAACAGCGAUACACAUCUCCUCGGCCCAACUUUAAUCAUUCUCGGCAACAUGGUACAAGGACAUGCGAACUUGAUUAUCAACGACGAGAUGAUUGGUGCACUCUGCCAGCUGCUGAAAUCCCACUUUGCCAACAUUGUCCUCGACCAGCUUCUCGACUUGAUUAGUCGAGUCGGCGAGAGUGGCGCUGGUGAACCCCUUAUGCAAGGCCUUCUGAAGGACGUGAGCGUUCAGGGAGACCCGAUUGUUGUGGGCAAGGUGAUUGGCACUCUGCUUGUGACGGGCGGUACCUCGGCGGGCGUUUCUCUUGAUAGCUUCGUCACGGAGCUUCACGGCAGCACGCAGCGCGGAGACGACGCUGGUGUAAGCCUCGCCCUCGCUGUUUUGGGAGAGUCGGGCAUGAGGCUUGGGGCUAAGUCACCUCUUCAGCCUCAGUUGUUCUUGGAGCAAUUCCAUGCAGAGCCAGACAAGGUGUCGCUGGCCGCUGCCAUUGCACUCGGUCGAGCUGGAUCUGGAAACGUGCCGGAAUAUCUCCCAGUCAUUCUCAAGACAAUGGAGGGUGGGGGCAACACGCAAUACUUGCUUAUCCAGUCCAUCAAAGAGAUUCUACAGUCAAUUUCGUCACAGUCCACCGAUCUCCAGACUUAUGCCAAAGCCAUCUGGGAUCAGCUUAUUGGAGCAUCGCUGAAUGCUGACAACAAGAUUAUCUGCGCCGAGUGUGUCGGCCGCCUGGCCACACUGGAUCCUGCAACGUUUAUGCCCAAACUCCAGACGCUCUUGAAGGAUGAAUCAUCAGGCAUUCGAGGCAUGGCAGUUCAGGCUAUCAGGUACACGCUCCCAGAGAGCGAUGAGACGUUUGACGCAAUGCUCAGAAAUGUCCUCAUUGAAAUGCUCUUGACAAUGCUGCAAGACUCGGACAUGGAAAUUCGACGCCUGGCGAUGACGACGCUGAACUCGGCGGCUCACAACAAGCCAGAUCUUAUUCUGCCUCACCUGGGCGAACUACUGCCUUUCGUGCUCAGUGAGUCAGUAAUCAAGAAGGAGCUUAUCCGGGAGGUCAUGCUAGGCCCCUUCAAGCACAAGGUCGACGACGGUCUGGAAGUCCGCAAGAGCGCAUACGAGACCCUCUAUGCACUGAUGGAGACGGCUUUCACCCGGAUCAACAACAUUGACUUUUACGACCGAGUUAUCGCUGGUCUCAAGGAUGACAACGAUAUCCGCCAGCUUUGCAAUCUGAUGGUUACCAAACUCAUUGUCAUCGACCCCGAUGAGACGGCACGCCGCCUGGACUCGAUUGCCGAAGCCUACCGUGGCGUCCUCUCCAUCAAGCUCAAGGACAAUGCCGUCAAGCAAGAUGUAGAGAAGCAGGAGGAAACCAACAAGAGCAUAUUGAGAGUGACGCUUCUCCUGGGAGACAAGAUGAAGGCGAUGACUGGAAAUGCCGGUGCGGCUACUAGCAACGCGGCAGCAGCGGGCGCGUGGACAGGUUACUGGGAGUGGGCGAACAAGGAGUUUGAUCGGCAACUUAAAGGUCUGCGAGAAGAGAGCAGCCAGCUCCACACGAGGACGCUCUGA